UCCAGAGAUUUCUCUUCAGACCAAAUGGGCUAAGUCAGGACAACGCAAUGUAGCCUGUAUUGGAUAAAACAGCUUCAUUAUCAAAGCAGAUACCAUGGCUUUGUUGAAGUCAUGCUGCUGUUGGAGAUCCAUCAGAAGUGGGAGUUUUGCCAGCGGAAUUUACACUAUGGCAUUUUACACUGUGGUCGUAACAGCUGGUUCCUUCCACGUGGAAUCAAUAGUAAAUCUUCCAAUUUUCCUUCCUGUUCUCCUAACGUUCAGUAUCUUGAUGUUGGUCUUUGCAGCUGUAUCUGUCUUGACAUCUGUUCUUUUGAUUGUUGGUCUAUGUACGGAUAAUCGAGUUCUUCUAAUACCAUGGAUUGUCAGUGUCUCCAUGACAACUAUUCUUGAUGUCAUACUUUCACUUUAUCUGAUAACCGAUUCGGAAGAGUUGGACCCCUUUUUUGCCGUUCUUGUCGUCACGGACUUCUUGAUUUGUGCUCUGAAUGUAUACUGCAUCCUUUGUGUUGCUUCCCAAUACCAAGAAUUCUCAAAUGGCCGAAAUCAACCAUUGCAAUUCAGAGCAGAUGACGUCAUGCCUGUCAUUCAGAUUGAACCCCCGUCGAUUAUUAGACCAGCAAUGACCAGUCAACAACCCUCGCCAAAGCUUACGGUUAGCAUCAUUCCAAACGAAAGCAUUUCAUUAGCGAGUUCCAGCCUUCGUCCAUUGUUGUCUUCAUCUGAACUUCAGCCUUCUGGAUCUCCCAAUCUGGAUGUUCGCCAUUCUAGUUUUUCAUCCACAACUGAAAUAUCCUUCUGUUCAUCGGAUACAUUUGGAGGCAGAAAAGAAUCGGUAUUACACUUGCAAGAAAUAUCGCACCCAGGUCUUUUAUCCUCAGGUGAAGAAAUGAAGUCUUUCAUUGACGAAGUUUCCUCAAACGAAGUCGAAGAACAGAACAAUACUACUUGUCUUGGUAUUGAGGUUGAGAGAGAUGAAGUUUCGCCUAGAAUGUCGCCAGGAGCAUCUCGAUUCGGUGUAUCAGGCUUGUUUUCAUCCAGCAUUUUCCGACAAAUCCCAUCCAAAGAUCCAACUCUCGAAUGAUAUGAUCCUUACAACGAAUUAUUUCCAUCUGAAUCUCCUGAUGGGAUUGAACAAUAAGACACCUCAGAGACAGUAAAACCAUCUCUACUGAUUAAUGUACCUCUUCUCCUUUAAAUUGUUUUUUCCGUUA